CUGCAUCGUGAUGAUGAUGAUAAUAAUAAUAAUAAUAAUAAUAAUGGUAGCGUUUGCCUUACCUAUACUACCUGUACCCAUAAUAUUAUACAUUAACACUACACCGGUACACCAUGCAGGUUUUCGAUACAUAAAACGAUUGGAGUGAUGGUGGGAGAGCAGUGAAAAUAACGCAUACGUAGACCGUUGAUGGUCUGGCGGUUGCAGAACGAUACCGACAGAAGUGGCAGAACCGUACGGACGGAAAGUCGAACGACUGAUUGGCGAGUUCAAGCGCGCGAGUGUGUGUAUUAGAAAUAAUAAUAAUAUUAAUAAAAUAUUAACACAUAUUUAUAUUAUAUUAUAUUAAUUUUAUCUCUGUCGUGUUUGUCGUUUAAUUCAUAGAUACGUUUAAGUGUUAUUCAAUAAUAAUAAUAAUAUAUUUUUUGUUAUCGUUAAUAAAACCGAAUAAAAAUCCGUUAAUCGAUCUUCGCGUUUUGGUGAUUUUUUUCUGAUAAAUCUAUUCACACAUUAUUAGUUUUCACGGAACAACAUAAUUUGGUUACACAAUAAUUAAAUGUUAUGUGAUUGUAAUAGUUAUAAUAAUAAUUAUAAUAAUAUGUGACGAUGAGUGUCCGAGGUGUUUAACUGAUACACGAUUAACGCGAGGAUUUACGCUCUUUAAAAUAUGACCGUUUCGUACUCGCGUCUCGUAGCCAACGGAAGUAGUUUCGGAUGUUUUGGCAGUAUACUUUGCAAAUGGCGAGGAAGCGUUUACAAGCUUGUAUGGAGGGAAUUAGCAGCCUAUUUAAUGGUUUAUUUUGCCAUAAAUUUAGCAUACAGGUUUGCAUUCACCGAAGCCCAGCAAAAAUUGUUCAUAAAAAUCCGGUGUUACUUGGCCGGUCAUUCUGCAAGUGUCCCGUUGACGUUUGCUAUGAGCUUCUAUGUCGGUUUAGUGGUAAAACGAUGGUGGGAACAGUAUAGGUUACUACCUUGGCCGGAUACGUUGGCUCUUUUUGCAAGUGCGGCGAUUCCUGGGACGACAGACGAAAGAGGGCGACUAAUGAGGAGGAACAUAGUAAGGUACGCGGUACUGGCAUAUGUUAUUACUUUGAAACAAGUGAGCAUAAGGGUGAAAAAACGAUUUCCUACAUUACAACACAUCGUCGACGCCGGUUUGAUGAUGGAUAGCGAGAAGGAGAUACUGGAAGCGGUGGAAGCGAAGACUGCAAUGACCAAUUACUGGAUCCCGUUGACUUGGGCUACCAACAUCAUAAAUCGGGCCAGAAGAGAGAAAUUGAUAUCCAACGAUCACAUGGUACAGACAAUAUUGUUGGAGAUGUCCGACAUGAGGUACAGGCUGGGAUCACUGAUUGGUUACGAUAAUGUCAACAUUCCCAUUCUCUAUUCACAGGUUGUGACGUUGUCGUUGUAUGCGUAUUUUGGAGCUCAGCUUAUCGGAGCUCAGAUGAUAGAGCCUCCGCCAGAAUGGGGUUUCAAGGAUUUUAAAGAGUUCGACCUGUACGUACCGAUCCUGACGAUUAUCGAGUUUUGUUUCUUCGUCGGAUGGCUGAAAGUGGCGGAAGUUCUCAUUGGACCUUUCGGCGAAGACGACGACGACAUUGAGCUUAACUGGUUGAUCGACCGUCACAUAAAGGCGGCUUAUAUGAUCGUAGACGAAAUGCACGAAGAACACCCGGAACUACUGAAAGACCAGUACUGGGACGAGGUAGUGCCCAAAGAUCUGCCGUACACAGUGGCAUCAGAGCACUACAGGCGCGAAGAGCCCAAGGGGUCGGCUGAGUGCUAUAAGGUCAAGGAGUCAGAUUCGUUGUAUGCGAAUAUGGCACCGAUGCAUCACAUGCACAGGAAGACUGCAGUGCCCGAGGACGUGUACGCAGACUACGAAAGCGUUGACACACCAAUGGCCGAACGCCGUAAAAAUUGGUUCCAAAGGCAAAUACAUCGGGUAGGAUCGAUUAGAUCGUCAUCGACAACUUAUUCGUCUGGUGGUCUAUUCAAUCGAACCAGGCACAAUUCGGUGUACUCGAGCCCGGAAAACGGCUUACCUGUGACAGCAGGCAUAAACGGCCACGGUCACAUCAACGGUAUUAAUGGAAGCACACCACAUUUGCAAAAAAUAACGCUGUACGACCGACUAUGGGGUAGAAAAUCUAUGAAAAGUCGACGAGGUAGUACCCAAGGUUCGAACAAGAUUAAUGGGCAAAUGAAUGCCAGAGGAAGGCCUAGAAUUCCGACGCCGGAUGUGCAAAAGGACAGUGCUGUCGAUAAGGACAACAAACAGAGUAUAUCCGUCAAUGGUUCUACUCAGCCAGGAACGUAUUCGUCAGAUUUGCCCACAGUCGUACAGGUGGUGCUGUCGCCAAUCCAAGAAAUGGACCCCAACCUGUCGGGCACGUUGCACAGCCAGCGCCAAGCGGCCGGCGGCGUGGGCGUCUGCCAGGGGGUGCUGAAUCCGGCGUUCACCGGCACCGCCGUGUACACCACCAUGUCGGUCAGCCCGAUCGCCAUGUCCACGGUGUCCAUGAGCCGGCCGCUCCUGUCGUCGCUGGGCAUCACCGCGGCCCCGUCGCCCGCGGGCGGCGCGACCACGCCACCCGUGCAGCCGUUGCUCAUCACCGACGUCACCGCGGCCACGGUGGCCGCUGCGCACCACUCGGACAAGGACGACAGCGCGUGCGGCGGAAGUUCCAGCGGCAGCGUGUCCAGCACGGACGACCGGAAGACGCCGGCGGCCAACAGGCGCAAGAGGGGCGAGGUGUACGUGUAGGCCUGCAGUUCCGUUCUCGCGAUUGCUCCCGUUAAUAAUAUUAUUAUAACCGUGUUAUAUUAAUAAUUCAUGAUAUCGUAAUAUGCACAAUUAUUGUAGAUUUUAUUUUUUUGUUACGUGCGCGGGGUUGACGGUAUUUUGUUGUUGUUGUUGUUGUUUCCGAAACCGCGACGACUACGCGCACGUAUAGAUUGCUAAUCGUUUGGUGAGUGGGUGCUGGGGGAUGGACUAUGGAGGUGUAAGAGAUAUAUAAUAAUCUAACGAAAUGACUUGCCUUAAUCGCGUACGCACGGGACGUAUCUAAUAUCCGUUGUCGCUUGUCUUAAACUCUCUUACAAAUCCCUCGCGGAUUAUAUUUUGCAGCAUUUUCCAACGCUGACAGGACGGGUAAACGUCUUGUCUUGUAUGUGUGUAGCGUUCGAGAACAAUUCUCUCCGAAAAGGGUGGUGCCAAACUUUUAUUUCCGAAAUAAACAGAGCAAAAUAAAAUUUAGCUUAAAUUGGCCAUUUCUCCCCCUCUGUACGUCGUGUACAAGUUCGGAUUAUAACGUAGGUUUACUUGAUAUUACCAUAUCCAUUAGGUAUUGUAAAGCGGGCGCACUUUGUCUCUAUAGGUACACCGGUGUGUGUGUGUGUUUUACGGUCACGGCGAAGGGCUGUUGGGUUUGCCGUGUGUCUACAGGUAAUAAUAUUAUGUUUUGGCCAGGUUUUUUGAUAUGGUUUUGAAUUUUAUUCCCGAUUAAUAUAAUAUAUAAUAUUUAUAAAUAAUUAAUUUGCAAUGCGUCAUAGGGUUAAAAUGUUUUCGACAAAAUCUAUAUUAUCUGUAAUACAUAUCGCCAACAGUAAUCAUUUUUUUCAUUGCCCAUUCGGAUAAAGUACUACGUGUAUUUCACGUACGGUUAUAUGUUAUAUUAUGUUUUUGGUGUGCGCCAUUUUCGAACGAGAAGACUGUUGACAACGUGUACAUCGCGUGGUACGUAUAUACAUAUCAUAUACAUACCGUCAGCCCCAAACUGCUACAGUAUUUUCCUAUACAUACAUUUAUUUAUACAAUAUGGUACGACACAAUGUCAUGAUACCGCGUGCAUACCGGAACUCGUAUUAUAAACUAUGUGGGAUAGUGUAUUUAUGUAUAUUAUCAUAUUUUAUUGACUUGUGCGAACGCAUUGUACACUUACGUGUGCAACAAACACAGCAAUACGACCAUAAUAAAUUAAUUAACGGUAUAUAAGUGUAUUACGUAUACAUAAUUUAUUGUAAGUAGCGAGUGGCUAAACGAGAUGACGCGGUAUUAUAUAUUUUUUAGCAAUGAAAAUAUUAUAUAUUAUAAUAAUAUGUGAUGUCUAAGAGUCAAAUUAUCACGGAUUUUGCUCAAUUUGAACAAUAAUUAUUAUUGUAUUAUAUUUUGUAGAGGUAUAUUAUAUUUUUAUGUUUUACCCAUAUAUUAUAUUAUAAAUCGCCAUUGUAUAUAAUAUGUAUUAAAUGAGGCAUAAUGUAUGUAUUAAUGCUAAAAUGACUAACCCAACUCACAUUUUAUUAUUACUAUAAAUAAAAUAACACGUUUCUAUACCGUACGUAAUGUG